GGACUGGCCGCCGGGGACCCGGAACCUCUCUGGAGAGGUCACGGAUCGCCCGGACCGGUGUAUGCGCUGCGAAUUACCUCAAAACACACAUUUUCUUAUUUUCCUCUCACUCACCCACUUGUCACCACCAGCCCUCCAUCCCCCCUCCCUCGCAUACACUACCACUACACCAUUCAGACUAUUCAACGGCGAACAGCCAUCUUGGCCGAUGCCCUGAUUGAUCAGGUACGUUAGCUCGGAACAGCCUAGUAUGCGAGUCUAGCGCGCGUAAUCCCGCAGAGCAACUGGGACCAUUCUGGGCUGCAGCAGUGCAGCAGAGCUCACCCGCCCCCCCUGAGGUGUGCUGCCCGCUGCCACUGCUGCUGCCUGUGUGUGCUGAGGGCACCACCCCAACAGCAACCGGGAUGGCUCCGCGGUCCAAUGGCGGAGGACGGGACCUGGAGGUGUCGGUUCGUUCGAUUUCUUCCUCCAGAGGGGCAGCACCAACAGUGAUGGAUGACCUGCACAGUCCCCACCAUUGGUUGGUUGUGUCAGCCAGCCGGGGUUCCACUCUGAUGCCACUGUUCCUGGGACUCCCCCCGGCGUAUGCAGGGCUACGAACAUGGCGUGUGCACACGGGGAACUGACCCAGGUCUCCCGGGGGCUUGGUCACACGACGGCCUGAUGUCCUCUUUUGGUGGCCCUCUCACGUCUCUGCUGCCUCUGUCGCCUCUGGAGCAAAUUCCGAACCCCCUGACAGACACUACAGCAUACAGCACGGCACUAGACCUCUUGGGCUCCAUUUCCCGCUCGAGGUCCUUGCUUCUGUUCAGAUUCGCUGAUCCGAUUUUCUCUCUUGUUCACGAGCACCGAGCACCAGGUGGUCCCUGCGUGUCAUAUUAGGUGGGUGAAUGGUUGAUGGAGGGGGAGGGGUGUGCACAAGAACGAACCCACUGCCCUGGCUCGCCCCCCGCUGACGGAUUGCUUGGGCUGAGCCGGGACAGGGGUUGCAGAGAGGCGCAACGAGAAAAUUGAACAAAAUGGGCUCAGGGACCCAGAUCAUGAAAUUCGCUGAUCUGCUCUGCUUGCCGUCUGUCCCUCGCCCGGGAUGUCUUAAAUACCACGGGGCGGAGCCAAUUCCGUCAUGAGUGUGUCUCUCGUCUGCUACCAAGAAGAACUCGCCAACUUUCAUCCCGAGCCGUGCCGGUGCUGUCGUUGUUGCUGCUGUCGGCCAUGGCGAUGAACCACGACCAUGACCAGCAUCGCAUCAACCCUCCUCACCGCCUGUGCUCCGAAUCAACACGUCCCGGCCCCGUACCUGUCCAGCAACACAUCCAACUCCUCCAGCACCACCGCCACCACCACUGCAGCUGGAACCAACCCAACACGCACACGCUUCCAUAAAAGACUUUAAUCCGCGAAAAGCUGCCACACCACACCUGAGACAACCGAAUUGCUUUUUUCCCUCUCUGCUCCCACUCACUGGCUUCUGGGUGUCCGGGGAAGCCCUCCACGUCAUCCGCCGGGCCGGCCCCCUCCCCCCCCCCCCUCUCCCUUGGGUUGCUCCUCGGGAUCUGGAUCAGGAACUUGAGACUCCUCGCAUCUUCUCAUCGAAGCCGGUGAAAGAGCAAUUGAAGCCGGCCACCUGGCAGCAAUCACCUGCCUAGAUAGCAUAGAGCCUCUUUGUCCACCGACUCCCGAUACCGUCAGCUGGCCUCUCUGUCUGCAGUAUCCCCGAGUAUAAGAUCCCGGCCACUUGGCACCUUUGCACACUCACCCCCUCCCGCAACAACAACCACCAGCCUACCAUUUCAUGAUCCCCUACUCUGGUCAUAUCGAGGAAAAGACCUCGCUCCGUUGGCGACAACACUUUCGAUACACCAGCAACCCUUACGCGGCUUCUCGGUCCGAUAUCUCACCCCACAACACCGACGCAGCCAUGAGUGACCAACCCUUCCCGACUGCCACCUUCAAGCAGCAGUACCACGGCAUUGAGGUCUCCUUCCCCGCAGGACAAGGCGACUUCCGCAGCGUGCGCAACUCGUGUGCAGCAGCAUGCCGUGCAUUCAACAGCACACCAGAGGAUGCCGACGUAAAAGUCCGCGGCGAGAAGUGGCUCGACAUUGUCAAGCCCAACCGUCCUAAGAAGGCUGAUGGUACUUCGGCAGAGGAGGGCACCAUGGUCACCCACGACCAGGCCAUCACCAACCCUACCCUCAAGGCCACCAUCCCGUUUGUCAAGCCUCCUCUCUGGGUUGACUACGGUACUCGUCUCAAGGUGGCGAGCACCACCUUCAUCAACCGCAACUGCGUGAUCCUCGACACGCCCGUGGCUGACUUGAUCAUUGGGGAACGCUGCAACAUUGGCACCAAUUGCACCAUUGUCUGCGUUGGUCACCCAGUCAGCCUGGAAGGGCGAAGGACGACCAAGCUGAGCACCGGUGCUCCCGUCACGAUUGGCAACGAUGUUUGGAUCGGCGCCAACGUCACCAUCCUACCGGGUGUCUCGAUUGGAAACGGCGCAGUCAUUGGCGCCGGCACGGUAGUAAACUGCAACAUCCCACCCAUGACCCUCGCCGUCGGGUCACCUGUCCGGCUGGUCAAGGCGCUGGCCCUCAACGAGGACAAGCCAGCCGUUUUGAUCAAGACACUCGACGAGUCAAAGGAGCUGACCAACUCGUUACCCAUGGAGCACUGGGACGGGACCGACGCUGCCUUUCGCGCCGCCCAGGCCGCGCAGCUCGCGCAAAAGAGCAACCGGCGGGGGGGCAGCGAGCACCAGCGCGUGGAGGAGCAGCAGCGGGAGCGGCUCAGAAAGUCGGAGAUUGUCGUCAUUGCGGCUGUCACGACGGUGGUGCUCGCGCUGCUGAUGCUGUUCAGCUUGUUCUUCUUUGCGGGGCUGUAUCUGGGGGAGAGCAGGGGCUGUUUGAGGAGCUCCGAUCUUUGAUGACACACCUCACCUAACCCAGCAAACAAACCUGACACGCUACACCAAACAAACAAACCCACCACACGGCCGGCUCUUGUCGUGGGCAACAAGGACAACAACGGAAGGGAAUAAAGCCAAUACUUAAUAGAGGAGGAUUCACACCAACAACGCCGACUCGACAAAAGGGACCCACAGAACAAACGAGCAACACCAAACACGCAUUGUAACAACAACAACAACAACAACAACAACAACAACAAUAACAACAACAACAACAGGAAGCAAGCAACAACCAUAUUUCUUUCUUUUCCUUUUCUUUUCACGGGAUACCCUCACUUCUUUCUCAGGGCAAAGGGUAGCGGGAGGGGGCAAAUCAACAGAGGUUUUUUUCCAGGACUCGGUUGGGAAACGGGGGGUUGGGGGUGGGGCGAAUGGAAACGGGCAAACAAACAUGGGUCGAAAAACAAACAGGGGGAUUUCAUUUCUGGUCGGGGGGUGGGGGAAAGGGAAAGGGGACGGGGAAGGGGAUUAAAAAGGCGUGUGUGUGUGUGCGUGUUGUGUCGUUGUGGCCUUUGCACAAAACCCCCCAACUUUUGCUUUUUAUAGUAGGUACCUGGUACGGGCAUGACACAAGGUCUUUAAGGUAGCGUUGAUAUUUUUUUCGGGCUCUGAUUUUGCCACGUUUUAGCGUUUCGGUUUUUGCUGAAUAUAUAUACCCCCGGCUUUUUCUGAGCAACACUCUGUCUAC